GCAGCUGUUACUCAUUUCACAAAAGGCCCGCCCAUCCAGAGCUGAGACUGGCAGUGAGGCUCUCAGCGCUCCGUUAGAGGAAGACGUCUCCGCUGUCAGAGAAAGGCGAUCUGCUGCUGCUGCUGCCGUGUUGAGUGAAGUCGGAAUCGUUUCAACCUGGCCUCACACCUGCUGGCCUGAGCAAGGGAAUCCCUCCUGCACUGGACUGCACCCUCCUCCGCCUUCUGCCUCCUCAUGCCCCUGCAGGCGGAGCGCGGCGCCCGGCGAGCGAGCGCGUCCUGAGAGGGAUGGCCCUGAAGAGACGGCUGUUGUGGGCCAUGGGGAGCGUCGUCUGCCUCCUGGUCGUAUACAUGCUGUGUUUGAACACGCAGGGGCGUUCGUCGUCGUGGUACCUGCUCAGUGUGAAGACCUGGCCGGUGAGGACGGUCAGCCCCUCUAAUGACGCUCUGCUCAGAUGGAGCGACCUCGUGCAGGACGACCUGACCCCCACCCUGCUUGACCUCGCAGCAGCCGAACAGACUGCAGCUUUAAAGACUCGACCAGUCACCAGCCCAGCAAAACCAGCACAAGACCAAAUCAAGAACAACUCGCUGUCUAGGUCUGAAGGUGUAGACAGAACCACGAGGGCCCCUCUGACCAAGCCGGGCCCCACAGAACCCCCUUACAUCGGAGACUUUUACAUGAGUGAGAACGUCCCUCCACAAACGAACUGCCCAGACGGGAUCCGAAGUCGGAUAAAGGAGUCCGAGUUUGGACAGCGGUUCCUGGAGCACAUUCCCGUCCUGCAGUGGGCCCAACAUGUGACUCAGGAGCAGCACCAGCGUCUGAAACGGUACCCAGGAACGCACGGCUGGGGAGGCGUCGACUUCGACACUCUGAUGGACACUCUGACUGUGCUCAACUCCUCUGCAAACUGGAGGAUGUUGGAUGACUGGGAAAGUCGCAAGAAUAAAUCGGAGUGCAGCCGCUGUGCCGUGGUGGGAAACGGAGGGAUCCUGAAGGGCUCGAAAAAAGGGAAGGAGAUCGACGGCCAUCAUUAUGUCUUCAGGACCAACGGGGCGGUCAUCAACGGCUUUGAGGAGGACGUGGGCUCCCGGACCACCCACUACACCUUCUCCACCAACACGCUGAUGAACUCCAUGAGGAGCUACGGCGGCGUCGGGUACAACGGGCCGCCCACGACCACGGAGACGCGCUACGUUUUCCUGCCCGAUCACGACCGGGAUUACCUGCUGAUGAAGGCGGCGUCCACGCACACGUUGGUGGCGAGGGGACCCGAACGAGGCAAAGACCCAACAAGAUACUUUGGAAAGGACGUCUCGGCAGCAAAGCUGAAGAUGUACCACCCAGAUUUCAUCCGUUACCUCAGGAACAGAUUCCUUCGGUCGAACAUCCUGAACGGUCGAUACAGGAGCAUCUACCGUCCGUCAACCGGAGCUGCAAUGCUGCUGGCCGCACUGCACACCUGCGACCAGGUGAGCGCCUACGGCUUCAUGACGCCAGACUACAGCAAAUACUCGGACCACUACUACGACAAAUCCUAUCACAAGGUGGGCUUCUUCGCCAACCAUGACAUGCGUAUGGAGAUGACGGUGUGGCAGAAGCUGCACAAAGCCGGACUCAUGACUCUUUACAUGCGCAAUAAAACGGACCACAGCUGAUGUCGCCCUUCCUGCAACACGACUCGAGUUUUCCUGUCAGUGAAAUUCUUGUUUCUUAAAACUUCAACUUGUUUGGCUUGUUCCUGGGAAAGAUGAAGAUUUACUUAAGCCAUUUCUCUAGAAGGAUUUAUUUAUCUUGGGAUGCAUGAGUUGAGCAUCUGUGGCUCCCCAAAGAAUUAUUUUUUUCUUUUCUCUCAAUUAUUACAUUCAAGUUGAAUCGUAAUUUAAGAAAAGGAUGACGGCGUUCUUAUACAGGCGAGACCAAAAUUAAGGAUUUCUGAGCCUUAAAGAAAAUCCACUGGAGUAGCAGAAGUUACUUCUUUGAAAUUUGCUGCUUGUACAUUACUGACCUCAAGAUUCUCCAUCCUGCUUUGUGCAUAAAUUAUUAACCGUUCUGGUAAUAAAUGCAUCAGUUUGUAUUACAUGCUGUCACAAACCUAUAUUUCUAGGUGAAAAUAUGUUUAUAGAUUGGAUAUUUGGACCUUGUAAAGCGGUUCAGCUUUAGCCUUCCUGCCGACUUUCAAUCAUUUCUAUUGGGAGCAAAGGCAGGUCGGCUGUGUGUGAGAGCGCUCGGCUUUACUGAUAUCAAACGGAGAUGAAAUGAGGUGGUGUUUACAUUUUAAACGGUAUACAAAAUCAUGUUUACUAACUGCUGUACUUUAUUCAGUCUUCUUGUUACCCUCCUAAGGUUUUUCUCUCUCUGUGUCUUGCAUCCUGAAUGAACUGCAGCCCAGCCUUGACAUGUUGUUGAAAAUGAUCUUUAAAAUAUUUGAUUUCUCUCGCGCCAUUUAAAUGCCGCACUGAUGCUGAAAAUGACCAACUUUAAGUCGUCUUCACUCGGUUUACAGCAUCAACUUCCUUUGUUGCUGUUGCUAGGGAACCAGGCAGUUCUUGGUAUACAAAUAUCCCUGAUUGUAAAAACAGUUAUCCUUGAGUUUCCGGCCCAAAAUUGCAAGUCACAACACCGCCUGACGUCUCUAAUUAUAGUGUUUGUGAGCAUAAAGGCAGCCCGGGACGCUAUUGCGUUUUAUUGCCAACAAUAGCUUCGGGUAGCGUUCCCAUCCCUGGUCCUCAAGGCACGCUGCCCUGCAUGCUUUACAUGUUUAAUACACUUGAAUCAGAUGUUCAGCGACAGCCUGUUAAUCAGCCUGCCAUUCAAAUCAGGCAUACUAAAGCAGAGUAAUGUCUAAAACAUGCAGGACGGUCUUCCUUUCUGACCGGGGUUGGAGAAAAGCUAGCAUAGCUAACGUCUGAGCUAACAGGUGCCUCUAAAUGACUUAUUUUUGGAUAAAAGUAACAAUAUGAAAUUUGUUAACUUUGUGGUAUCAUUCUGAAGUUUGAAUCUUUACUUCUAAGCUCUGACCAUCAACGCAGCAACAGAAAGAUGUGCUAGCAUGCUAACGUUUGCAAGUAGCUCAGAUUGAUAAGUUUUUAAAUGCAUUAAGCUGUCCAGAUCAGCUUCAGGCUUUGUCAACACUAACCGAGCCACACUAACCAGUCUGGAAUCAGCUUCUGCAGGAGGUCAUGGUACAAAGUGUUAAAGAUAAACGCAAGAGUAAAACUGGUGUCUAGAUAUGUCAAAAUCUGCAAUCAUAAUUGUUUUGGUGACCCAUCUGCUGAUAAACGUACCAUUAAACAGAGGUGUGCAUAAAGGAUCAAUAAGAAAACCCAAGAUUGGUUUCCAGGAUGUCAAAACUCCGUUGCUGGUUAAAGUAUUGAGUAUGACAUUUGUUGCACUUCCUGAAGUGACGAGUAAACUUCCCUGAAAUAAAACUGAGGAGUAGAUGCAGUUCCUUGAAGACAUUUGUUUUUUUUUCCUUACAGCAACAAGGACUGUAAACUUUCACCAAGUAUCUAUUCCAUUGUUCCCUUUUUUCAGAGCCAUAAACCGCAGCAGACGUGUUGCCUGACGGACUUUAGAACGUCACAAAAUGUGUUUCUGCCAUAAAGUUUAAUGUGAGUCGCUGUUGCGGAUCCAGCUCUGUUUACCACUUUAAUGGCUCUCAUCUGCGGUCAAAGUUUAUUCUGACUAUCACUGUCACUCCUUUUACUGUAGACUGCCUCCAACUGUGACUUUAAAGAUUAUCCUGAGUAUUGUGUAAAUAUGAAAGGAUUGAUAUAUUUAACUUUAAUUGGAAUGUUGUUGGGUUUUGUUUUUUUUAACACGUUGCCACUUUGUGGCCAUUUGUGCCUUUAAUGAGAAGCAGCAUUUUGUGUUCUUGAGAUAAUAAAAAAUUUUUUUUGGAGGGCGGGGUGUGUGUUUCUACAGAGACAGGAAACGGGGAGCUGUUAGUUUAAGAUUUGUAUUUCUUAUGUUUGAAAGGUGGCAAGUGAUGGGAUCAGUUUGUUCACACUCCCCUGUGAGCCAUAACGAGGGUCAAAUGUCAAAUUGUCCUCUGUGUUGUCAUCCUGAACGACAAACUGAAAGUUGCAUUUUUCCUCUAGUCUUGAGACACUGAGUUUUUUUUUUGUUGUUUUUUUUCCAAGUGGAAGAAGUGUUUUGUAUUACAAGCUUCAUUCAAAUAAAGGGGUUUGGUUCUCUAAACCUGUCUAUUUUUCUAGACUGUAGUCACGCAAAGGGACUUUUACAGUGCAAUUUCUCUUUAUUUUUUACCCAAUAAAACUGUAUAAAUGUAAAACCAGCUUUUAUGGAUUUUCUGUGUUUUUCUGUAACCGUUCACCCUCCCAACCUGCGUGAUGUUUUUGUUUCCCCCCAACAGAACAUGGAGAAAAAUAUUUAAUGAAAAUAAAAGCCAGUCUACUGACA